AAUUACAAUUACAUUUUACAAACUUCCGUCUAGUUUAUUUUCUAAGCAUUUCAUUUAAAUUUAGAAUCUACUGCUGAGGUUGUAUUAUACUUGUUAUAUUUUCAUUUCAGUAGGCUACCUUGUUGUAUUCUGAGUUUUGGGUUUAUUGCUUUGUAUAAUGUUAACUAAUAUUUUCCUUAUAUUUCAGGGAAUCGUUAUUGGUGCCGAAACAAAGAAAAUAUUGUUUUUAGGUGUUAGAAACAAAUUUUGUUAUGUAUGCACCAAAGCAAAAACUGCUAAAAAAGAAACGCCGCCUCAUGAAUGUUUUUUAAAUUACAAUGGUCCAUCAACAGGCAUGGAGAGCAAUGUAAUUGUAGAGGCAUUUAGACAAAGUGAGGCUGAAUAUGGUUUGGUGUAUAAACAUUAUAUCGGAGACGGCGAUAGCAGUGUAUUUGCCAGGAUACAAGAGAAGUGUAGAUAUGGGCGAUUUGUAACGAAAGUGGAAUGUGCCAAUCACAUGACAAGAUGUCUAAGUGACGGUCUUCAUAAAUUAUGUACAAACACGAAAUUCCCUCUGGAAUCGCGGAAGAUUUUAACCUCGGUUCCUGAAGGGAAAACAAUCACUCGGCUGGAGCGAUUAGUGAAAGGGGUCAGAGCGGCAAUCAAACAUGCUGGCCCCACGAGAAGUUUGCAGGACAUCGCCUUAUUAAGGCAAGAUUUGAAGAAUGCUCCGAACCAUGUGUUUGGAGAUCAUAGUGUCUGCAGACAAACAUAUUGUGUUAAUCAGUCAGAUGAAGAGGAAAACAUGUUAAAUAAACUAGACCCUGACUUUAUUACAGAAAUAAGGAAGCUGGUCGACAAACUUGAAAGAAAAGCAGAGACCUUAGUACUGAAUGAAACGACCAAUGCUGCGGAACGAUAUAUGGGGUUGGUCUCUAAGUUUAUCGGAGGCAAAAGGAUUAAUUUCACCGCGAGAGGCUCAUACAAGCGCAGGUGUUUUGCCGCUGGCCUUAGCCAUACUAAAGGACCCAGUUGGCAUCUCAGUCCCUGGAAGAGGUUUCAAGGCCGAAGCCCGGGUGGGAAUUUCAAGAGGAAGAUCCUAGCUAGAGAACGCACACGUGCCAGAAGGGCAUUAAGGUACUCAGUUGAGAAGCCAAAAAAAAGGAAAUCAUCCCAAAUGAACUCCUAUGAUAAGAACUACGGACCGAGUGCUACGGAACCAGAUGUGUCUGAAGAGGAACUAGAGAUAAAAAAGAAAAGUGUUCUAGAACUGCUGGAGCUGGAUGCUAGAGAAAGUGAAAAACUUGAGCAGGAUACAAUUGGACAACACAACAACAGCCUUUGGGAGGAAAAAAGAAAAAAUAGGUUAACUGCUUCGAAAUUUGGGCAAAUCGUAAAACGGAAAGACCAUACACCGUGCCACAACCUGGUCAAGAACCUGCUAUAUCCCAAAAACCUGAACAGUGCAGCAGUUGUUUUUGGAAGACUCCAUGAAAAAGAAGCCAUAUCUAAAUACGAGGAAGAGCACAAUGUUGUUGUCAAAGAAUGCGGCCUAUUUAUUGAUAACGCAUAUCCAUUUUUGGGCGCUUCGCCGGACGGAUUAGUUGGCGACGAAGGACUCGUUGAGGUGAAAUGUUUACCUUCAGUGAAGGCUCCUUUGGUAGAAUGUGUAAAAGAAAAGAAAACCCUCUGCUUAGAAAUAAACAAGGAGGAAAUAAUUAGUCUUAAGAAAAGGCACAAUUAUUUUUUUCAAAUUCAGGGACAGCUAAAUGUGACUGGGAGGAAGUGGUGUGAUCUGAUUGUGUAUACGGCGAUUAAACAAUUGUUUAUCGAAAGGAUCUAUAUUGAUAGUGAGUUAUGGCGUCAAGUAAUGCUUCCUAAACUGAAAAGAUUUUACAUGGACUGCAUGUUGCCUGAAAUUGCGGACAGCAGAAUUGCAAGGGAAAUGAGAGUUAGAGACCCUGACUACAUAAUCAUGGCCCAGGAAAAACGAAAAAAAGUUAAUUAGGCCUUCAAGUUUGUGACUUUUUUAAAGUUUUCAUUA